UCCAACAUGGCUAGCUCCUUCAUCUCAGUCAGUGUGAGUUGUCAGUUGGGGCAGAUUUAGGGCUUGUAGGUGCUGGAACCCCGGAGAAGCUCGGAAAUCCAAUGCAAAAAUGAUAUGCUUCGGGGAAGUGAACUGGGCCUGUAGAACCAGAUGAAUAUUAUCGCAUGGUCUGUGACUAAGGGCGCGGUUCAUGUGCCCAGUUCCCACGGUAUCAGUGGGGUGAAUUGCUGAUCGACAACUCGGAACGGAUGCUUUACGCAAACUGCGAAAAAUUCGAGUGGUGCUGGACAAAGAGAGCUCACUACAGAUUACUGGCACGCCUAGAAAUUUUUGUAUUGGCGAGCGUGAGGGGAAGCGAUUAGUUCGGCCUGGAUUACUAUUGGAUUUUCGUCGCUGGGUUUUUGUGAUGGUGUUUUAGUUUGCGGAGAUUGUAGGAGUUGAUGACAGACGGCGUAUAUGGGACUGUUUUAUUCUCUCACAGCAUUCCUAUGUUCAGGAAAUUGACAGUCCGACUUGGAUGUCAGUGUGAUUCCAUCGAUCCCACACCUUGGUGUGCCAAUGGGUCAGUUAGAUGGAAUGCAACAAGAGGAGGGAGGUCCUGUGGCCUUGCUUAGACUUCAUAACUGGGCCAGUACACCUCUUCCUAUUUCCCUCUUCAAUUUUGGUGCUCUUUCAUCCUCCCGAGCACGCCUUGCUCUUCUCUCCCACAAACAGCAGGCUGUAAUUGUACCUCUCGUUCCCAGAAAACAUGAAGAAGCUGCGACGUGCUCAGAAUCUUUGGUUUCCUCACCGCUGCGCAGCUUGGCAUCCCCAGCAUCCACAUCCAUUGGAUCCUCUGAAGUUUAUUCUGCAGGGGCACAGAUCGAAGCUCCUUCCACUCCCCAUCAUUCAUUGCGUUCCGAGAGCCAUGAAUCAAGGACCACUCCGUCUUCCGAGUUUCGGUUUUCUUUAGGACCACAAUUCACACCCUAUGGAACUCCUGCAUUUGUUCCCAGGCGCCUGUCCAGUACAUUUCAUGGAAACUCCGUUGUCCAACCUCAUCCAGCCACUCCUUACUUCACUCCAUCUGCUUCCACUCCUCUUUGUACUUCCUCCCCGACGUCGUUACAACAGGCCUCAGCGCCAAGCUUUGUUGUGAAGUCCAACGGAGCAACUAAGCUAUCUUCUUCUUUUAGUAUAAUUGAUGGUAUUGACUGCUUCGCAUGGGCAUGCUGCGGGGACGAGUCUGCUGCGAAUUUAGAAGCUAGACCCUUCAACGACAUACUUUUUACAGCAGGGAGAGAUGGUUUGGUACUUCAUGCUUUCCGCAAUUAUGAUGGUGAGGGAGUUAGCACGGUGGACCACACAUCAGAUAAUGGUGGACAAUUGCGACUGGACUCGAGGGAGACUGAAGAUGGUGACAAGAAGGGUAAAUGGCGGAAUUGGAAAGAGCAGGAAGAAAUCAAAGACUCUGUUGAUGAUCGUGGCAAAAGAAAACUAUGCUUUCGAGACGAUAACAAUACUAAUACAGAUGAUUUAAGCAGCGAAGGAGUGGUACCGAGCGUUGGCAUAGUUGGCGGGUCUUCAUUUCAGUCCUUCAUCGUAAAUGGGCAACUCGAGCCUUUGAAGGACGAGUUGCAUAUGGAGUUUCUCAAACAUCAACCUUGGCCUGCAUUAGCCGAGUGUAUCUCAUUCUCCAUGUCCUAUUCAUCUCCUUCCUUUUCACUCCUUAGUAAGUUUGCACAAGCAACCACCCAAAGUGCACAGGUUCCAGGAGAGUCUGGCUGUAAUACACCAGAGCAGGAUUUACAGAUUGUAAGGUUGCUGUCCAGUCCUAUCCAGAACCUUGUAGCACUUAUACUGGUGGAGAAGUCUGCAGUGCAUGUUCCAGAAGACGAAAUAGUGGCAGGGGAAAAACUUACAGUUGGAUCAACAACGAGGGAAUUCAAAUCUCUUGAUGAUUUUAGUGCUGUGAUUACAGGGGUUUAUUGUCAGGAAUUGAAGGUCCUUUCGCGCAUCCUUUCCCAUGACACAAGAGCAGGGCUCACGAGAAAUGUACCAUGGACAGAUUUUCAGCUAUCCGACAGUGUUUUUGUAGCCUUGAAAGAAGAUGGAAUGGUUUUUUUGUGGAAUUUAUUUGCAGGAACUUUUAUUACGAAAAUUGAUAUCCCGCAAUUCUGUAGAGUAGAUUUAAAGAUCGAACACGGGAAGAAGUCUUUUGAGACGCCAUUUGGCGAAGACCAUGAAUUUAAGCAUGCCACGAGUGAGGGCGUUGCACCUCAAGAGACUCUCGAGGGUUUAACGACAACUGUUGGAGGUUCUGAUGUUGGAGCCAAGAACCGGUUCUACCAAGUUACGGUAACUGCUGACUCUUCAUUGUUAGCAAUUAGUGAUGCUAAUGGGAUUAUAUCUUUAGUCUCUAUUGAUGAUUACUUUGCAAGCGAUACGUUCAUUUCGUCAGAAACUCCUGGGAAUCGAGGUGCUGAGUGCCACGCUACGAAGCCAUUGACCAUUUAUGAAGUAGCGGGAUCAGAUAUAGGUGGCGCAAAUCAUGGAAGUGCUAUUCCAUACCGAAAUUGGAAUAAUUGGUCAUUUGAGGGUGGAAAUUCUGGCACUGGCACGUCUUUCAAGCAUGAGGCAUGUCACUCGUCUUUGCCUACCUUUGUGAAAAACAGCUUUAGCAACUGUGCUCUGGGAGCAAGUGGUUUUACAUCCAGGGACCGUGUCACCCAAUACCAGAUUCGAGGAUUAGGCCUGGUCCAUACACAAUCGCAGCCUCUGAGAAGGUUAUUCGUGCCCAACGAGCCUUCGAGGGGAUUGCUUGGGAUGGCUUUGAGUCCAUACAGCAUCACGUGUGCUGUACUUAACACUUUCGACAAGUUCAUUUUUUCUCAGCAUGGAUUGCGCAUUAAACAUGGACUAUUAGAUGAGUCUCAAAUGAACGACAAUGAAGGCUUCUCUAAGUUUCAAAGUGAAUUCUCCUUAGGCGACGUUUUGAUGUUCAGCUCUCAAGGGUGUUUAUAUAUUAUAUCUCAAACAGGGCUACAUGUAGUUCUUCCUCCUGUGGCAAGUCAACAACAUCAAUUGCCAGGUACUAAGUGGCGAAGUGGAAUAGGAAUGAAAAAUGGGUCAAGGAAAUGGGACUGUUUGCUGCCUCUAGAAAGCCUCAAACCCGUUCCUCGGCAGUGGCAGACAGAAGUGUUGGACAGGUGCCUUGUCUUCAACAGCGUGAAGGAGGCAGAACAAUUGUGCUUGGAGAACGGAUGGAGCAUACAGCUUAUGAGGUUUCGGAGAUUGCAACUUGCUCUGGACUAUGUUCAAGUGGAUGAAGUAGAGGAGUCGUUGGAGGCUCUUGUGCAGGUUGGGGUUGCGGAAGCGGGAAUACCACAGGUGCUACUUGCUGCUAUUGAACUUAUAGCUAAUUCUUUUGGAUCCGACAACGAGCUUGCCCAAGCCUGCAGGCUUCUUGAAUUGGCAGCUAGAUUCUCAACAAGGCUUAUUCGAUCUCAUGGGGUUUGGGAGCGACAACGCUCCAGGUCUAGUAAAACAAUAGUUCCUGCGUUGUCUGCACGAUUCCCACCCAAGAACCUGUCUAAUCUCAAGCCUGUAGAUCAUGUUAACGAACUUUCUCGACUGCUUGAGGUGAUUCGAAGUGUACAGGGGCGAUUACAGUCUAAACGCAAUGGACCAAGUAGAAGCGUUAAGGCGGAUGCGAGCAAUGAAGCAGUUGCAUCAUCAGGAGAUUUGCUUAGCAAAACAAAGCCAAUCAUUGAACUCCCCCCUGAAAAUGCUGUGCAAAAUGCUGAACUAGAGAAUGUGCUUAUCAAUAAGGAGGAGCAACCUAAAAUGCUUCUAGCCUCUGAAGAUAGUGUCACUUCAGGUGCUUUAGUGCCGACAGGAAUACUAGUUGGUUCUGGGAGUUCUUGGGGUGCCCCUACUGGUGGUUCCUUUGAUGGAAAGAUUAAACGAGGAUCAGCGCCUGAAAGUGCUGGGGACAUGUUUGCACGCUGGGAGAGUGAGGACGUGGAUGCUGAAAUUGUUGUACGAGAUGCUUUACGCGCUGGACGUGUUCCUCUGGCUGUUGUACAGCUACAUAAAAUCCGGUCUAGGGAAUAUUUGAGUGGUUCUCAUACCCAGCGGCCCCAGAUGAUUGAUGUGUUUCAGGAUGUUCAGGGAAUCGGGCGAGGAAUCGUGUACGAGUUGUUGUGCAAGGGUAAAACAGCUCUGGCAAUGGCAGCUUUGCGAAGGCUGGGUGAGGAGAUUGACGUUGCUCUCUAUGAGCUAGCAUUCGGAACUGUUAGGCGAGGUCUUCGGAAGCAAAUGAGGGCAGAGUUGCGGCGCAGUUCUAAUCGUUUGGGUUCUCGGGACUCUCAACUCCUCGAAAUCGUUGCAUAUUUAGAGGAUCUCUAUCCUAUCAGCAGUUUUCGCAGCUCGUACCGCAGUAAGAAGAUAAAAUCUUCUAGCCAUACUGUAGAGGUGCCUUCGUCAAAUGAAGACGAUGAUCAAUCAUUACAAUUAAGGUGCGGCAGUGGAUUGGUUAGCCCAUUUAUCCUACGGUGUGGGGAGGUAGAUGGAGUGGUCCUGGGGUCGUGGAAUUAUGCAGCUCCUCCUGAAGUUUCAGAUGGUGCAGAUGGGAAUCAAGCAAACCCAGCUGCGGGGUACCUGGUAACGGCUGCUGUGUGGUUGCACGCUUGGGACGAGGUGACUGUAGACCGGGUAAUAUUGGAUCAAUCACUUGUCACUGAAGAACAUAGAUCUUGGGGUGCUCAGCUGGAAUACCAUGUUGUACACAACGACUGGUCCCAGGUCUCGGCCUUACUAGACGACAUCCCUCAUUCUGUUCUUGACGAUGACGAACUACGAGUGCAUCUUGAUACAGAUGAGGACGUUGAAUAUCUGCACGAUGAAUGCAAACAUCCGGAUCUAGAUUUAUCUGAUGAGCAAUCACCAAGAGCACAACAUUGUGAAGAAAUAAUGUGCUGCAUACCUAAGGUGCAUAUUUUGAGUAUCAACAUGCGGUCCAUGUGCAGUGCUUGGUUAUGGCACAUGAUGGAAGUGAAGCUUGCCAGAAGCCAGAUAUUCUUACGCACACAUUGGCAAGGAACUUCUGAACUUGUGUCGUUGAUAGCAUCUGCCGGAUUUCUUUUCCAACGUGGUUCUGGAAAGUCAUCCGGCACCACUAGUAAACAACCAUCAUCUUUGAUUGGGGUCCCUAGGAAGGAAACUGUUCACAAAGACACUGUUAAAGCACUGCAUGAACUUGUGGUUCGGCAUUGUGUGAAGUACUCACUUACCAAUCUCUUGGAGCGAUAUCUGAAUUACCACUCCCUAGCUCUCGUUAAAGGGUCCGUGGCUGAUAUGCAAUCUGUUGUGGGGAAUUGCAACUGGGCACAGUGGCUCCUUCUUUCACGCUUGAAAGGACGGGAGUACGAUGCUUCUGUUGCGAAUGCUUUUACUGUCUCUGGAAAAGAUUUAACCUCUGGCCAUGGGUCAGGAGAUGGCGGCGGAUUAAAAUCUAUGAUGGGGGAAAGCAGUUUGUUGCAGAAUAGAGAAAUAUUUGCAGUUGCAACCUUUAUGUAUGGACCCUUGCCUAUUCAGAAGUGCUUAGUAUUGGACAGUGUCAACAGGGAGGACCUCCGCCCAUGGCAGUGUUUGAUGGUGGAUCUUCAACCUGGGCUUCAAAAAUUUCCUACUCUGUACCACACCCUCUUCGCUGCAUGUUAUGGACACGAUGCAUGGAGUUUUGUUCGGCCUCUUGGACCCAAAACAGGAAGAAGUAUGAAGGGUUUGUCUGGUUACUUGGAAUGGCGAGAAUCUAUGUUCAGAUCUGCAGCGGACGAUACGUCAUUGAGAGAAUUAUUGCCCCGUUGGCUACCAACAAGUGUCCGCCGUCUCCUCCAACUUGCUAUUCAGGGAGCUGUUGGAAAAAGUCAUGUGGCUAUUUCACAAGGAAAUGAUACAACACUUGGAUCCGUGCCAGACACGGGCCCUAGAGAGCAUGCAGCUCGAAGAGUAGGUAUGGAGGUGGAAGAAGCCACCGUUUCAAAUUGGGAAGAAUCUACACAGAUGACUAUUAAGGGAGAGUUACACGCUGUUUCUCCGGAGGAGGCUGGUAUGGAGGCUGAGCUUCAUCUUCGAAGGGGUCGUCCUCUUGCAGCAUUCAACUCGCUUCUUUCCACGCGGCUGCAUAACUCAGGCUCCUUCAACUUACAACUAGAUCGGCAAUCCUUUUAUGACCCUCAAAACCUUUUAUCAAAUCUAACGGAAACUGAAGAAUCCAUUAUUUCUUCGGUACUCCCUCUAGCUAUCACAAGUUUUGAGAACAUCAAUGUGGUGGCCGCUUGUGUAACUUUCAUAGAGCUUUGUGGCCUUUCAGCACAACUCCUGCAAGUGGAUGUUGCAGUUCUUAGUCGUAUAUCCUUCUACAUUAGAGACCAAGAGCAUAAGGACGGUAGCCUGAAUCUAGGAUCGCAGGAAAUUGCAGCUAAUGAAUAUGCUAGAGCUGUUUUGAUGAGAUCUCUAGUUGAAGGGCUUGCAGAGGAGUACACUAAUGCCGGCAUCGGAAUACUUAACGGCAAAGUAGUGGCGAAUACAAGGCCUCGAGAGCCGUUGAUGGCUAUUUUGCGGCUACUUGAGAAGUCUAGUUUGAAUCACGAUGGCCUAAAGAAGCUAGAGAGCAAUGCCGGAGCUUGGCUCAUGAAUGGAGUUGGUGAUGGUGCUGAGUUAAGAACUGUGCAACGAUCGAUGAGUUCACGGUGGAGUCUUGUGACAGCUUUCUGUCGUGGACAUCAGCUUCCUCUGAGUACAACUUAUCUGGCAACAAUAGCCAGAUACAAUGAUUGGGUCGGAUUUUUAGCAGAGGCUCAGAUUGAAAGUUGCCCCCUAGAUAUCCUUGUUGAUGUGGCAUCCAAAGAAUUCGUAGAUUUGCGUCUUCGCAGCCACAUCUUGACUGUGCUAAAAUGCCUACCUACGGCUUCACCAAAACCACCAACAACUUAUGGAAACGUUUCGCACUUUUCAUCAGGUUUUGCAGGUGAAACGCUGGCUACUUUUGAGAGUGAUGCGCCACGAGAGUUAUUUUUCAUCUUAGCAGAGUGUGAGACAAAAAAACAAGCAGGUCGAGAACUCUUGUGCAGAGCCAAAGUUUUGCGAUGGCCACUGCUCGCUAUUGUGGCGUCGUGUUUUACUGAUGUGACACCCUUAUCAUGCCUGACUACAUGGCUGGAAUUAACAGCUGCCAGGGAAACUUCUGCAAUCCGGGUGAAAGAUGUUUUCACUCAAGUUUCUGCUCCUGUGGGAGCUGCUGUGGAAUCAACAAAUGCUCAGCUUGAAAACAGUACCUGCGCAGUCGGAUUUGACCGGAGAAACCCAAAGAGGCAGUGUUGCGUGUCAUCAUCAAAUGAUAUAGUAGCAGCGAAAGAAGUCAAGAAACCCGCUGCUGAAAUAGGUCCUCGGGAGGCAACCCUUAGACAUACUACCAAGUUGGUAAAUGAGGUUGGUGCUAGACAGAAGGAUAAGGUAAUCAACUCCUUUGGGUCAACCGCAGCUGAAGAACAGGAGUCUUUGGCAGCCAUGGUGGCUGUUCUGUGCGAGCAGCAACGUUUUGUUCCCUUGCUUCGAGCGUUUGAGUUGUUUACACCUACAUCACCGCUUUUGCCAUUUAUUCGAUUCUUACAGGCUUUUGCUCAAAUGCGUAUUUCUGAAGCGGGGGCUCAUUUGGCAUCUUUCUCACACUGCCUUAAAGAGGAUUAUCGCAAGCAGCAUAGCCAGUAUUCUAGAAAUACGAAGGGUAACACAGUAUGGAUUACAGCAGCGGCUGUGGCAGCUGCAGAUGCCAUGUUAGAUGCAUGCCCAUCUUCGUAUGAGCGCCGUUGCCUUUUGCAACUACUUUCAGCCGCAGAUUUUGGGGAUGGUGGCUUAGCAGCCAUUCGAUUCCGCAAAUUAUAUUGGAAGAUGCAAUUGGCAGAGCCAGAUUUACGUUCUGGAUCAGGCUUGUUGGCUAAUGCAAAGGAUCUUGAGGAUGAUGUAUUGCUUCAGGAGUUGGAGAAGAAUGGUCAGUGGGAGGAAGCCCGGAGUUGGGCGGGACAGCUGGAUCUCAGCUCACAACGCACCAGCUCUGCUCUUCAUCAUGUAACUGAGACUCAAGCAGAAGCAAUGGUAGAGGAGUGGAAAGAGUUGCUGUGGGAUGUGCCAGAGGAACAUGCUGCUCUUUGGGGUCAUUGUCAAGCACUUUUCAUGAGGCACUCAUAUCCUCCGUUGCAGGCAGGUUUGUUCUACUUGAAACAUGCGAAUGCAGUAGAAGGGCAGGUUCCAACCACAGAACUACAUAGUAUUCUCUUGCUAGCCCUCCAGUGGCUUAGUGGCUCGUUCAAUAAUUCCUCUCCAGUCUAUCCGUUGCAUUUGUUGCAUGAGCUAGAGAUUCGAAUAUGGCUUCUUGCAGUUGAAGCUGAAGUGGAGGCACAAGCUGGUCGAGAUCAGGAAACUAUUCUGUUGGGGCGGUCUGGAGUGUUUAGCACCGUUGGACUUCGGAAUGGAGAACUUGAUUCUGGAAAUCCUGUCGACCGUACAGCAAACGCUGUUGCAGCUGUUGACAGUCAUUUGAGAAGGUUCAAUACGAGGUCUCAAGCUGAUAUUGUAGCCGAAGAGAAUGAUCGUGCGUUGUCUCGUUCUCGAAGCAUUCAAAUUGGGGAGAUUAGCAGCUCGCAGGGUGGGUCAGUUGCAAGGAUGAAACGUAGAAGCAAGCAGUUAAGACGUUCACAAAUGGACAAUACGGAAGAUGGUUCUCCUAGCUCUCCAGAAGAAAGUCGAAGAAUUAGCAUUGAUCGUCAUCAUAGUUUUGAUCGACGUGAAAGUAUCAAUCGCUCUAACAGCGGCGAGGAUCGAGAGAUUCUUAGCAGGCAUCUCAGCCUUCCAGUUGACGAAGAUCGGAUUAGAGACCCACAAAUUAACGACGGCCAGAUGAACCUUUCAGAGGACCAUGCUCCAAUGCGCGAUGUUGAAACAAGAGGGUGGGAAGAACGAGUUGGAGAAGGAGAAGUUGAAAGAGCAGUUUUAGCUCUGGUGGAAGUUGGCCAGAUUACUGCAGCCAGACAGUUGCAGUUGAAGCUGGCUCCUACACAUGUUCCUCUGGAGCUUCUUCUUGUUGAAGCUGCUCAGAAGAUUGCAACUGUGUCUGUGCCUACAGCAAAGGGUUCUGUUCCUGCAUUCCUUCAUCCAACAGUGGUAGAAUGUCUUCGUUCCUCUGGUAUCUUUGAAACUUCUGAUUCAGUUACUUCCAUGCAGGUGUUGAAGGUAUUGACAAAUGCCUGUCCAGAGGGUUGUGGACGUGGUCAUUGCCAAAGAAUUGCUGCAGUGGCUCAAAUCGGACAUUUCUUGGGUCUCUCCUAUACAGAAGCAACUUCAAAGACGCCUCCCCAACUACUGCAACUACUCUCACUUAAGGGAAAAGAAGCACUUCCUCAGGCUAAGUUGCUGGUAGACACUCACGUAAUACAAGCACCAGCCAUUGCAAGGAUCCUAGCUGAAUCCUACUUGAAGGGACUUUUAGCAGCGCAUCGUGGAGGUUUUAUGGAGUCUUCAUACAGAGAAGAAGGUCCGGCGCCGCUGCUGUGGAGGUCCUCUGAUUUCAAAUUAUGGGCUCAGCUGUGUCCAGUUGAACCUGAAGUUGGACAUGCACUAAUGCGUUUGGUCAUCAGUGGCCGUGAAAUCCCACAUUCGUGCGAGGUGGAGCUUAUCAUCUUGGCGCAUCAUUACUAUGAAAUAUCUGCAUGCUUAGACGGGAUUGAUGUAUUAGUUUCCUUGGUUUCCGCACGUGUGGAUUUAUAUGUUAUGGAGGGCGAAUUUGCUCUUCUUGCACGACUUGUCACGGGUAUCAGCAACUUUCACAGACUCCGCUUCAUACUGGAUGUCUUAAUCGAGCAUGGUUCUUUGCAACUUCUUCUUCAGAAGAAACCAUUCUUUGAUCCAGCAAUAGAAACUUCACCACUUUCUGUUCGUGGAUUCUGUAUGGCUGUACUUUCAGCCCUCAAGCGCUUUAAUGUCAAUGACCAGGAUGCCUUGAUACAGGUGUACAAUCAUUUCAAUAUGCCGCAGGAAAUGGCUAUUUUAUUACUUAUGCGGGCACGAAAAUCUGUGGAGAAAUGGGUAGACCAUACUGACCCUGAACAUUGUGAAGAUGUGCUGGAAUCAAUGCGCUUGUACGUGGAGGCAGCGGAAGCAUUUUCAAAUAUUUCUGCUGGCAGGAAUACCAGUAUGUGUUGUGCACAAGCGUCACUCAUAUCUCUUCAAUUACGAAUCCCGGAGCUAACGUGGCUUAAUUUGUCGGAAACAAAUGCAAGGCGUCGGCUGGUCGAACAGCCCCGCUUUCAAGAGGCUCUUAUUGUGGCCGAGGCCUAUGAUCUCAAUCAAACAGAAGAAUGGGUGCCUGUAUUAUGGAAUCAGAUGUUACAGUCAGGUCGUAUCGAUCAAUAUUUAUCAGACUUUGUUGCGUCUCUCCCCCUUCCAUUCACCCUCCUUAUGGAAUUGGCCCGGUUCUAUCGUGCGGAGGUCUCUGCACGAGGAGAUCACUUGGAUCAUUAUACUAAAUGGCUUACUUCAGGUGGAGCUCCUCCAGGUGGCUCGACAUAUUUGGCCAAGUCCAUGAGGUUUUUAUUAAAACUUGUCCGAGAUAUUAAGUCGCGUGUUCAGCUGGCCACCGUUGCGACUGGGUUCUCUGAUAUUGUUGAUGCUGGCAUGCAAGCCCUAGAUAAGGUGCCAGAUUCUGCAGGGCCCUUAAUCCUACGAAAAGGCCAUGGCGGCACCUACAUCCCUCUUAUGUAGUAUGAUUUUGAUUUGGUACACGUCUCCUACUAUGACUUGAUGAGUGGGCAUUCAAUACGAUUUACAAGCAUGACAAGCAUUUUCUCAGCCUGACCACGGCUACAGAUAUUAUUCAAGGCUGAAAACUUGAACUGAUGUUUCACCAAGAGCAGCAGUGGUGGAUACAUGCACCGUGAGUCAUGCAGGGAUUGGAUAAGCCCUUUGCCAAUAUAUCACAUUGCUGUUUUAGAAUGGAAGGGCGAGGUUCCUAUUAACUAGGCUUCCCACUCACGGGGUAUUCUUGCGUCAUUCAUUUGCGAUAUUUACUUACACUAGUGAAAGUGUGUAUAUUAGUUGGGCUCCUUCGUAAUAAGAAGCGAGGUGUGCAUAUCGGUGUUUGCAGAUGUAGUUUCAGGAUGCGACAUUGAACUGUAAAUGUUGUAUCAUUCAUUAUACCAGCAUUGUAUUCCUGUGACUUUUGCAGAUGUGGGUGUAUAAUUUACCUCUCGUUCUGAAA